AUGUACUAUUUCUUUUCGGAAGAGUACAACCAGGCUACCGCGAUGGUGAAUGAGAAACAAAGAACCUUCCUGCUUCUGUCACUCCUAGCUAUCCCAGCGACUUCAGCUUUGAGCUUGGUGUUCCUGGCCUGGCUGAGCUUGAGCUCCUUUGGCCCAAUCAGACGGCGAUUGAACGGAGGAUUUGAGUAUUUCAAGCUUUGGCUGUGGUUUACGUUUGGCACGGUGGGUGUCUAUUUUCUUAUCGCGGGGCUGACCUACAAGUAUGCCAAAUGA